CGACGCCCACGGCGCGUCAUUUCUCCCCGAUCCAGAUUCCAUCCGCAACCUGCCGGACGUCGAGGAGGAAAUGCCCCUGACGGACCCAGGCGACGCAGAGCGCGGGUCCUGCAAGCCCGAGACCUCCGCCGCGACCCGGGAAGACCCGAGCGGCGUGGAGGACGCCCCCGCCCGUCUGAUAGACACGGUUGACGAUGUUUCUAAGCUGAGCAACAAGGUUGGAAAGAAUCGUGGUUUGCACAUGGAAGAAAAGGUUUCACCUCCAAGCAGUUUGGAAGAUAAGGUCAAGGAGACCAUGCACAAUGCCUUUUGGAACCAUCUCAAAGAGCAAUUGUCAGCUACUCCCCCAGACUUCAGCUGUGCUCUUGAACUUCUGAAAGAAAUUAAAGAGAUCUUGCUCUCACUGCUGUUACCACGCCAGAGCCGCCUAAGAAGUGAGAUUGAAGAAGCACUGGAUACAGAGCUCCUCAAUCAGAAAGCAGAACAUGGAGCCCUGAAUGUCCCUCAUCUCUCUAAGUACAUUCUCAACAUGAUGACUUUGCUGUGUGCACCAGUUCGAGAUGAAGCAGUACAGAAUCUAGAGAACAUUACGGACCCUGUUCGGUUACUGAGAGGGAUCUUCCAGGUUCUGGGGCUGAUGAAAAUGGACAUGGUGAACUACACUAUCCAGAGCCUUCAGCCUCACCUGCAGGAACAUUCCAUCCAGCACGAACGGGCUACAUUCCAGGAACUCCUCAAUAAACAGCCAAGUCUCCUAGAUCACACCACCAAGUGGCUGACCCAAGCAGCAGCAGACCUCACCAUGCCACUCCCGACUUGCCCCGACACUUUGGACUCCACCAGUAUGGCCUCCUCCUCCCCAAACGAGGCAGUCAGCAGCCCAGAGCCCCUUAGCCCUACAAUGGUGCUAUCGCAGGGUUUCCUGAACCUCCUUCUCUGGGACCCGGAAAAUGAAGAGUUCCCUGAGACGCUGCUGAUGGACAGGACCCGGCUGCAGGAGCUGGAGUCCCAGUUGCACCAGUUGACCAUCCUGGCCUCAGUUCUGCUAGUGGCCAGUAGUUUCUCAGGCAGUGUUUUGUUUGGCUCACCUCAGUUUGUGGAUAAGCUGAAACAUAUAACCAAAGACCUGAUGGAGGAGUUUAAGUCCAGGCCUGAGGAGGCUCUGCAGACUGUGAGUGAACAGGUGUCUCAGGAAAUCCAUCAAAGCCUCAAGAACAUGGGCCUUGCUGCUCUGAGCAGUGACAACGCAGCAUCUCUGAUAGGACAGCUCCAGAACAUUGCCAAGAAGGAAAAUUGUGUCCGCAGUGUCAUUGUUGUUUGCUCACUGUCUUAUCCUGCUCAUAGAUCAGCGGAUCCACCUGUUUCUCAAAUGCUGUUUGGUCCUCGGUGUGCAGAGAUCUCUCUUAGACCUCCCUGGAGGCCUCACUGUCAUCGAAGCAGAACUGGCGGAACUAGGCCAAAAGUUUGUCAGCCUAACGCAUCACAAUCAGAAAGUGUUUGGCCCCUACUACACAGAGAUCCUAAAAACCCUCGUCCCUCCAGCCCAGGCCCUGGACACAGAGGUGGAGUCCGUCUGAAUGCACCAGCUCAAAGCCCUGGCCCCUGGAUCCCAGGAGAGAAGCUCAUCGUUCUCCGGGGUGGCUGACCAGUGACUGUCAGAGCAGGAAGCCCUCCUCCCUCCUGCAGCUGGCACACCAGGGCUGUAGCAAGCAGCGUGUAAACACCCGCUGGCCCAAACUCACUUACUAAUAAACUUCUGAACCCCAGGCAAACCUCCACUCCUCCUGUGCUGUGGCUGUGUCUGGGCCCUGUGCCCUGAGCCCCCGACUAGCCAAGAAGCCAGAAGACCC